UACAAUGGUAGUACAAGUUGAAUUAAAGUGACCAAGUUCUCUUUGGCGGGAAACGUUGGGACGCAGUUUUAUUCCGAAAAGUUCAUUGUUGCAGCGGUUCGAUGAUGAGUGAAAUAUUUUGAUUCGUCAAGAAGCAUCAUAUUUUCAUGAUAGUUCGAGAUUAUUUGUAGCAAAAUGACAAUUGGCAGGAAGAUGGUGUUUGUGAAACUUGUUGUUAUACGCCUACUUGAAUGAAUAUACGAUCUGUACGUUGCAAGAUUAUAAAACAUUUAAAUCAUGGAAAAUGAUACAAACAAUAAACGGAAAAGAAAAUCUGAAGCAAUGGAAUAUCAUAUGAAACGUUUCAAGGAGAAAGAAAAUAGUUUUUGUUUUACAGAAGAGUCUAGAACAGGUAAAAUAAAAAGGAUUCUUAUACGAAAUUUCAUGUGUCACGACGCAUUGGAAGUAAUAUUAAAUCCAAAUGUAAAUUUUAUUAUCGGACGUAAUGGAAGUGGCAAAAGUGCAAUAUUAACAGCUUUAACAGUUGGCCUUGGUGCUAAAGCAAAUGUGACGAAUCGUGGAGCCUCUGUAAAAAAUUUUAUAAAAAAAGGAAAAAAUUCAGCUACUAUCGAAAUAAGUUUAUUCAAUAAGGGAUCUAUGGCAUACAAACCUGACGUUUAUGGUGAUUCGAUAACAGUUCUUCGGAGUAUUGGGACUACAUCUUCUUAUAAAUUAAAGAAUUGGAGAGGCGAAGUGAUUUCAACGAAACGAAACGAACUGAAUAAUAUAUUACGAGCAAUGAAUAUUCAAAUAGACAAUCCUAUUUCUAUAUUAAAUCAAGAUAUAUCCAGAACAUUUUUAGUAUCAUCCAAACCAGAAGAAAAGUAUGAAUUGUUUAUGAAAGCAACGUUACUAGAUAUAAUUGGUAUCAAUUAUAAAGAAGCUAAAUUAAUAUGUGAACAAGAAUAUCAAAAAUUGAGACAGUAUAAUGAGAUUUUAGCAGAUGUUAGAAAAGAGGUAGAAGAACUAAAAAAAAAUAUAAAAAGGGCAGAAGAAAUCGAUAAAUUUCGCGAUGAAGUAAUCGAUCUCGAUAAGGAAUUACUUUGGGCAAUUGCUAUAGCAGAAGAAACAAAGUUACAAAACACUGAACAAGUUUUUAAAAAAUGCCAAGAUACUUUUAAACAAGUUCAAGAUAUAGGAUCAUCUACAGAAUCAAAAGAUAAAGAAAUAAAUACAAAAAUUCAGAAAUUAGAAGAAGAAAUUAAAUCUGCAGAGGAAGAAGUCAAUAAUAAUUCUGAAAUAUAUAAUAAAACAAAACAAGAAUAUAGUACAAAUAAAGACAUGCAUUCAAUUAAAAUACGUGAAUGGCGUUCUGUUCAAAACAAAAUUAAAAGAUUAGAAGAUGAUAUUGGUAUACUUUGCAAGGAAAUACAUAGAUUAGAAAGUGGCGAUAAUGCAGAAAAAAGUGAAAGAAAUGAAAUGAAACAACAAUUAGCUGAAUUAGAACAAAAACUAGAUGAAACUGAGGCGUUAUUACGAACUAAUCAAACUUGUCAAAUGCAUCUGGAAACCGACAAGAUGCGUCUUUUGAAAGAAGUUCAAGCUUCAAAAAUAGAAAUUAAUAAUUGUGAAAAACGUAUAGAAAAAAUUAAAUUAGAUUUAAAUGCAAGGAAAAAAGAUUCUGAUAAUACAUUAACUGUAUUUGGGCGAAAUAUACCACGUCUUUUAAGAAGAAUUGAAGAAGAAUAUAGUAAUGGACGUUUUAGAGAAAAGCCACGAGGUCCACUUGGAGCGUACAUAAAAAUGAAAGAUUCAGCAUGGGCUCCUGCUGUUGAACAUUAUUUAGGAGCAAGUACUUUUAGUACAUUUUGUGUAGAUAACAGUCACGAUGCCAAAGUAUUAAAUACAAUUAUGAGAGAAAUUUAUUUAAACGAAAGAACUCCACAAAUUAUAUGUAGUAAAUUUUAUAAUACUGUUCAUGAUGUCCAUGCACAUUGUACCAAAUCAUCGCAUUAUUCCAAUCUCUUGGAUGCAAUGGAUAUAUCAGAUCCAGUGAUCGUUAAUUGUUUAAUCGAUCAGCGAGAAGUUGAAUGUAUUCUAUUAAUUCCAUCUAGCAAAGAAGCGGCCGAAAUUAUGUCUAAUGCUUCUAAAGUUCCACGGAAUUGUAAAAGGGCUUUCACUCAACGGGGUGAUACGUUCUACCCAGAUCCACACUACAGAAGUUAUGGUGGACCGCGUAGCUUAAAAGCUAGAUUUCUUCAAGUUUCUAUCACAGAUUCUAUUAAUGCUUUGGAAGAAGAGAUUCGUACUAUAGAUAACGAAAAAAAUGCUGCCAUUAUGUCAUACAGAACAGCUAGUGAAAAAGAAAAACGUAUAAGUUCUGAGUUAAGUUCUGUUAGUGCAAAAGUCACAAAACUUCGUACUAUUCAAAAUCAAUGUAAAGCAUCAAUCGCUGAUCUAAAAGAUAAAAUUGAGGAUAAUGAAGCUAUAUCUGUGACUGUUUUUAAAAAUGAAUUAAAUGAGUUGGAGAAGAAAUUACGCCAAGAAAAGUUUGAAGAAUCAAACCUGAAUGCUAAUGUACUUCAAUUACAGAAAACAAUUGAAUCUUUAGAAGAAGAAGUUAAACGUCACAGAGAACUAAGGCAAAAUCUAGAUUCCAAAAUUAAUCCUUUAAAGCAAAGCAUAAAAGAACUACAGAAUGAAAAAGAAGCACUUCAUGCAAAAACUCGUCAUGCUACAAAAAGAUUACUGGUAGCACGCCAAGCUUUACAGAAUGCGACGGCAGAAUUUGAACAGCAGCAAAGAUGUACGGAAAAAGCAAUAUCGGAUGCUAGAAAUCGAUGUGAUAGAAUAGAUACGACAAGGUCAAUUAAUGAGAUUGAAAGAUUGUCUAAAGAUUUGAAGUAUAAAAUCCGUGAAAUAGAACGUAUGUUUGGUUCAAUAAAAGAAUUACGCAAAGAAUUAAAAGAAAAAGAAGCAAAAUUUGGCAAAGAUAUACAUUUGGUUUCUCAAAUUGAAAAAAAUUACCAAAUGCAUUUAGAACGACUAGACUCUCGAAAGAAGUUGUUUCUUAACAUGAAACAUAUGUAUGGCGAAAAAAUUCAGAAUUCGUUCUCAAAUGUGCUUGCUUUACGAAAUAAAAAAGGUAUCAUAAAAAUUGAUCACGCCCGAAAAGUACUUGAACUUGAAGUAUAUUCGCCAAACGAUAAUAAAAGACCAAUUAAUGAUGCAAAGUCAUUAUCAGGUGGUGAAAGAUCAUAUUCCACUGUUGCCUUUAUUUUAGCACUUUGGGAUUGUACCGGAUUGCCUUUUUAUUUUCUUGAUGAAUUUGACGUCUUUAUGGAUAAGGUAAACCGCCGUAUUAUAAUGGACAUUCUUUUGGAUCAUACUAAAAUGCAUCCACAAAGUCAAUUCACAUUUUUGACACCUCUAGACACGUCUAAUAUUCUUGCAGAAGAUUAUGUAACAAUUCAUAAGCUAGCUCCGCCAGAAAGAGGAAGUCAAAAGUAAAAAAAAAAGUAUUUCAUAAUUGAGUACAAGUCACAAUAUUUUAUUUAAAUGUAUUUUUCUAUUGUUUUCGAAUUUUAUAUGAAAUACGUUAAUAUAAUAUAUAUUAGUUAAAAGGCAAAAUACUUAAUUAGAUUAAGUACUGUGUUUGUUGAUUAGAACGUCAACAAUGUGAUUUAUAUCUGUUGAAGUCAAACGUUAAGAGACUACUGUAUAAAGAUAAACUUUAGUAAAUUUCUGAUUAAAAGUGAAACACAUCUUUGACUUAGUUUAAAGACGUCUUGCUAAAUAAAUGCAUGCAGGUAUGUAAAUCAUGUAAGAUAUAUUUUUGUACUCGUAAAAGUAAUAUAUCCGUAGCCAUAGUUUUGUUAAAUAAAAUCCAACCAAAACAAA